GCUUACAUGUGAGUCCCUCCUAAGGAGCCUUGUGAUGACACAUUUCAGAGUGUUUCUCGGCGCCCCGUCCGUUAGUGAUCUCAGAAAAGACGCAGCUGGUUCGUACACCUGGAAGACUAUCGAGCCUCCUUUAGUAGAUGCCUCACAAGCACUACUAUACCCUCCCGCAACACUCGAGGCCGCGAGCAGACGAAUAUCUUUGCUCUACCAGAAUAUCAUAUUCGACGAUAGUGAUGAAGAAGCGUUUAAUCAUGAGCGUGUUGGCCAGAUCGCAUGGCCUGAGGGAAGCCAACUUUCGAUGAAUGAACAGACGACGGUGAUAACCUGGCCUCCGACCCCUGUUGCAGAUACCACUGGUGUACCUUCCUUCCUGCGUACAUCGCAGUCGCAAUCUCAGCCUGCUACGAUGGACCAAACACAGGAAACCACCUCCGUGUCUUACUCAGACGCGUCUUCUAUAGCCCGCUUCCCGCAUUUUCAGAUCAGCCUUCAUAAGGUCUCAUCUCUUGCAUCCCUCUACAGUGAAAAACUUGCGAGAGGGAGAAAAGUGAAUAUAUUACUCGCCACGCUAGAGGUGGAAGGCCCCGAUACAGUGCGUGUGAAGAAAGGCCUGGACGCAGGGAAAGAAGUUUCAGUUCUCAAAAUGAUUCUUGGUGACGAAGAUGGAUCAGUAUGCAAGCUCACCGCAUGGCGUGAUGUUGCAGAUGCAUGGGGUGCACUGGGCGUCAAGCGCGGUGAUAUAAUUUAUCUAGAGAACCUCGUACCAACGUGCGAGCCAGGCAGCUCGAUCGCUCUCACCGCUUCUCCGUACAACAAGCCCACCGCGGAGAUUUGCUUUCGGACCAUGCCUUACACACGUGAGGACAAUCGCCUCCGGCCGGACCUCCGGCUCGGGAAAAGCGACGCCGCCGUCAAGAAGGUCGCUGCACUGGCCCAGUGGUUCGAGCAGAUGGCCGGGCUGGUGGUUAGUUGAGCACACGCCAGCUUGACAGCAUCGUUAUGGCUAUUCCACGUUUGACGUGGACGCCAUUGGCCUUAGACGUAGCCACUAGACAUUUGCUGUAGCGCAAGUUACCGGUUGCUCUGGCGUGACCGAUGUCAUUGUCGCCGGGGCACCGGCCGCAGAUCUCGAUCGAAUAUGUCACUCGGUGAUUAUGCCUGCAGGCUUCCUAGCCCGCAGCUGCGCGCAAGUGUUCUUUCAUUCAUUUAUAUGCAUACACACACAGUCAUCAAACGCCCAUGCU